GCUCCCAUAAACCCCCCGCCCGCCGCCUCGCUCUCCUUCUGCCCCCCACCUCGCCUCGCCUCCUCCGCCGCCGCCUCCCAUUCCCCUCGCGACUCCGGCUUCUCUUCUCCCCUCCUCUUGCGUUCGUCGUGAGGGCGAUGAACUCCGCGGCGGCGGCGGCGGCGUGCGCCUCGGCCCCGGCGUGGGUGGUCGGCGGCGGCGCCGGCGGGGGAGCCAGAUCCGCGCGGGGGCCAUGCGGGAUCAGGGUGUGCGGGCUCGGGGGCGAGGCGGUGGCGCUCCGCUCGCUGCGGAUCUCGCAGGGGGCGGCGGUGAGGCGGGCGGCGGUGGCGGCGAGGGCGGCCGCGGAGAACGGCGUGGCGGGGAGCGGCGGGUUCGACUACGACCUCGUCAUCAUCGGCGCCGGCGUUGGUGGGCACGGCGCGGCGCUCCACGCUGUCGAGGAGGGUUUGAAAACUGCAAUUAUUGAGGGAGAUGUUGUAGGUGGGACUUGUGUAAACAGAGGUUGUGUCCCAUCAAAAGCACUUCUUGCUGUCAGCGGUCGCAUGAGGGAGCUUCAUGAUGAACAUCACAUGAAGUCAUUGGGUCUACAGGUUUCAUCCCCUGGAUAUGACAGACAAGCUGUUGCUGAUCAUGCAAACAAUCUCGCCUCUAAAAUCCGAAGCAACUUGACUAAUUCAAUGAAAGCUCUGGGAGUGGAUAUAUUGAGUGGUUUUGGUGCAAUUGUUGGAAAACAAAAGGUACGGUAUGGAAAAGUUGGUUUUCCAGACAAAGAAAUCACUGCAAGGAAUAUCAUCAUUGCUACUGGAUCAGUUCCUUUUGUUCCCAAGGGCAUAGAGGUUGAUGGGAAAACUGUUUUUACCAGUGAUCAUGCACUAAAACUUGAGUCUGUCCCGGACUGGAUAGCAAUCGUUGGAAGUGGAUACAUUGGGCUUGAAUUCAGUGAUGUAUAUACAGCUCUUGGAAGUGAGGUUACUUUUGUUGAAGCUCUUGACCAGCUAAUGCCUGGUUUUGAUCCUGAAAUUGCAAAAUUAGCCCAGAGAGUCCUUAUCAACCCUCGGAAUAUAGACUAUCACACUGGUGUUUUUGCAAGCAAGAUUACUCCAGCAAAGGAUGGAAAACCUGUGCAGAUUGAGCUCAUUGAUGCAAAAACAAAGGAACACAAAGAAACCCUCGAGGUGGAUGCAGCCCUUAUAGCCACAGGACGGGCACCAUUCACAAAAGGACUUGGCUUGGAAAAUAUCAAUGUUGUUACACAGCGUGGUUUUAUUCCUGUUGAUGAGCGAAUGCGAGUCAUGGAUGCAGAUGGCAAUGUGGUUCCGAACUUAUAUUGCAUUGGAGAUGCCAAUGGUAAACUCAUGCUUGCUCAUGCUGCCAGUGCACAGGGAAUCUCUGUUGUCGAACAAAUCUCUGGGAGGGACCACAUCCUAAAUCAUUUAAGCAUCCCCGCUGCUUGCUUCACUCAUCCAGAGAUUAGUAUGGUUGGGCUUACAGAGCCACAAGCCAGAGAAAAAGCUGAUAAAGAAGGAUUUGAGAUAAGUGUUGUUAAGACCAGCUUUAAGGCUAAUACAAAAGCAUUGGCAGAAAAUGAAGGAGAUGGACUUGCUAAGUUGAUUUACCGGCCUGACACUGGAGAAAUUCUUGGUGUGCACAUUUUGGGUUUGCACGCUGCUGACCUCAUCCACGAGGCAUCAAAUGCCAUUGCCCUAGGAACUCGGUUGCAAGACAUCAAGUUUGCUGUUCAUGCACACCCAACAUUGUCCGAGGUGCUGGACGAACUCUUUAAAGCAGCCAAGGUUAAUUCGGGUGUUUCUCAUUCUGUAAAUGAACCAGUUGCAGCCUAGAGAAGGGCCGGAGCGCAAGCCAAAGCAUCCACCACAACCACUCCUGAAGGUCCUUAGUUUCGUCACGCGCCUGCUCACUUCCCAGAAACGAAAUCGGCAACCAUAGUUAAGUGAGGAGCCUCUGACGAACUCGAGGCAAAAAGGUUCAUAGCGCCGAUCUUUCUGUAGCUUCCAUCUGUGUAUGAACAUUUCCAGAUUUUUGUAGUUUUUCGUUUGGUUUAAUUAUACGAGGGGCUUAAUUAUACGAACUCGAGGCAAAAAGGUUGAUUGUCAUGUAAUAUGUAGCCCUGGUGUAGACUUGAUCGAAAUAAUCAGUUCUGCUGCUGGUCCUGUGUAUCAUAAAAAUAAUUUAUCUGCUCAGCUUAAAUAUGUUAUAUAGGACGGAAUUUCAGAAUUCGGAAGAAGAGUUUGUACUGUACUUUGUAGAGUAAAGAGUUUUUGGUACAAUUAUGACCAUGGAAAGUUCCUUAA